AGGCGCAGAGAGGCCGGGCAGCAUGGCGUCCAGGCCCAAGCGGCGUGCCGUGGACUGCGGGUCUCCGGUUCCGCGCGAUGAGGACGAGGAUGAUGAACUCGAGGAUGAGGACGAAGACAGCGAAGACAGUGACGAAGAAGAGGAUGAAGACGACGAAGUCGUCAGUGAGGAAGUGAAUAUUGAAUUCGAAGCUUAUUCUAUCUCAGAUAACGAUUACGACGGAAUUAAGAAAUUACUGCAGCAGCUUUUCCUAAAAGCUCCUGUGAAUACUGCAGAACUAACAGAUCUCUUAAUUCAACAGAACCAUAUCGGGAGUGUGAUUAAGCAAACGGAUGUUUCAGAAGACAGCGAUGAUGAUGCGGAUGAAGAUGGGAUUUUUGGCUUCAUAAGUCUUUUAAAUUUAACUGAAAGAAAGGGCACUCCGUGUGCUGAACAAAUUAAAGAGUUUAUUUUACGCCUCUGCGAGAAGAACUGUGAAAAGGGCGUGGUUGAACAGCUGGACAAGCUUUUCAGUGACGCCACCAGGCCUGUGGGCUUUCUGCUGAGUGAAAGAUUCAUUAACGUUCCUCCACAGAUUGCGCUGCCCAUGCACCAACAGCUUCAGAAAGAACUAGCAGAGGCGCACAAAACUGACAAGCCGUGUGGGAAGUGUUACUUCUACCUUCUGAUUAGCAAGACGUUUGUGGAAGCAGGAAAAAGCAAUUCCAAAAAGAAAUGGAGCAACCAAAAGAAAGAUGAGUUAAUGUUUGCAAAUGCAGAAGAAGAAUUUUUCUAUGAGAAGGCAAUCCUGAAGUUCAACUACUCAGUGCAGGAGGAGAGCGACACGUGUCUGGGAGGCCGAUGGUCCUUUGAUGAUGUACCAAUGAAGCCCCUGCGAACUGUGAUGUUAAUUCCAGGCGACGAAAUGAAUGAAAUCAUGGAUAAACUGAAAGAGCAUCUAUCUGUCUAACCCAUUUCCCGUGGACAGCGGUGGGCUUGUUUUUGUACAGAUUACCAGACGACUCAGUGGAGAUUCACUGAGAAACGCACGGCUUUAUUCAGAUUAAGGUCCUCUACAAAAAGUAGGGUCCUGUCACCCGUGUCUGUGACACAUUUACAAAACAUCUUUGCUUUUUAAAAGUUUGGUCAAAUUAAGAAUGGUUGAUUAAAAACUUUUCCAAUAAGAAGAAAAACAUGGAGUAGUAAUUUAAAGAACUCAAUAAAAACUUCUAUUUUUAGUUGUUAAA